GGAGGAGAGGUGUGCUUGUGUGGGAGGCGUGUGCCGGCCCGUCGUCUGGUGGUUUGCAAACUGCUGGCAAUAGAGGAGAUGGACAGUCCGGUUCCAUCUGCAAGUUCUUCACAGGAGCGGGAAGGCAUGCUCUUCUUCUUGGUUUUCGCCAUAACCCAGUGGGUGCACAGGUGCAAUGCGGCGGCCAUGGCCGUCCUCGAAGCUGUCGCAUUCGCCCCAUUCCUGUCCGGGGACGCGGCGACGUCGUUGCCGCUCCUUGCAGGCGGGGUGAUGCACGGAUUCGCUCUCGCCAGUUUGGCUGCGGAGGAGUUGGGAAGACGUAUGGAGCGCAGACGGCGGAUAUGGGUCGUGGAACGAAGCGGGGGUGUGUGGAGGGAUUUGCAGCGAGUUGGGCGUGAACACGACAAGGUGUUUGUCCGAUUCUGCAGGCUGCCUCGCCCACUAUUCUUCGAAGUGCUGGGUAGAAUUGCACCCCAUAUCCCGCGAGCCCCAACGAACUUCCGGAAUCCUAUUCCUGCUGGUCAGAAGUUCGCUAUGGCUCUCAUUAGGUGGGUGACCGGCGGGUAUUACCGGCAGACCUCGCAUGGCAUGGGCAUGGGGCUUGCGAGUGCCUUGCGUUGCAAUGAGGAGGUCGCAGAUGCUAUCAUCAGCGAGUAUGGCCAUCUCCUUCGGUGGCCGACUGGCCCUCGAAUGCAGGAAGUGGCGAACGCUUUCGAGGCGAAAGGGUUCGCCGGUUGCAUCGGGGCAAUUGAUGGCACCCAUUUGUACAUCGACAAACCGAAGGGUGUGCGCGGGGAAUGCUACUACCAUCACACAGGACAGUUCUCUGUCGUGGCGCAGGUAGUUUGUGACCACGAGUGCAGAAUCACUAGUGUUUACGUGGGGUGCCCAGGGUCUGUGCAUGACUCAAGAGUUUUGCGCAUUUCAGAACUGUUCCGUCAGGUCUCGCAAGGGGCAGGUGUCUUCAGCGAGGGAGAUGCUCACCUGCACGACGGCAGACACGUGGGACGGUAUGUGCUUGGUGAUCAAGGUUACCCUCUCCUGCCAUGGAUCAUGACACCUGUCGGGAGGACGGCUACAACAGCUCAGGAACGAACCUACGACAGCUGUCACUCAUCGGUGCGGUCUUGCAUCGAGCGCCGCUUCGGCCGACUGAAGGCCGUGUGGAGGAAUUUCAUCCGACCGCACAUCAGCAACAUGAAAACCAUUUGCAAGGAAGUGAUGGCAAUCUGCAUCCUCCACAACCUGAUGAUCGAGCACAGGGUGGAUUUUGACCCUGGUGUGCUCGAUAGUAGUAGCGACAGCGAUGGUGAUGGCGGUCAUCGCAGACGCCGUCGUCGACGGAGAGAUGGUCGCCGUUUCGUUCGUCACAUGCCCAACCUCAACGUCGAGCCCAUGGUGGACGAUGACCCUACAAACGGGUCCGCGCUAGGGGAGUUGGUUCGCAGGAGUCUGAUCGAGCAUGUGGACCACCACGUGGCGGUUCAUGGUGCGCCACCGCCAUGUCCGUGGCGAUAGUUGACGACGUGGAUAACAUACCACGUU